AUGGCAUGUAAUGUAUCAUACAUGCUUAAUUUGUAUCAUACAAGUAAGUAUGUGAUAGAGAACGGUAGCAUCAACACUUUUUUGAAUAUGCCGGAUGAUGGUUUGUUUGUCGAAGAAAGGUUGUCAUAUGAGGGAUUGAUUAGUAAGAUUUGUAUGACCCUUGGUUGGGAUCCAGCACACGUGAAACUCCACCUUUCUUUGAUUUUCGAUAGUCCCGGUGGUAGGCGUGUAGUGAAGAUCAAGAAUGAUUCGCAUGUAGAGUUCAUGAACCGUGUAGAUCCAAUGUCAUGUUUGGAUUUAUACAUAGAUUUGGAAGAUAUCACUCAAGAAGAAAGAGAAGCGAGUUUGGAAAACGUGUCAUUUGGUGAUUUUCGAAGGGGGGAACGUGCUAGUACUUCUCGAAACCGUGAUGAAGAGGAGACACCUUUAUUUGCACAAAAUGACUACCGGGAAGAGUGGGAUUCCGACUACAUAGCUCCAAGUGAAAGCGAAGAAGACUGUGAUGUCUCCGGAGAGAGUGAUUUUGAAGAAAGUGAUGAUGAAAUGUUGGAAAAUGAGGAAAGGGAUUGUAAUCUAUUCGCCCGACGCCAUGUAUAUAGUAAGAUGGGGAACUGGGAUGCCUCAUGUGUAGACAACGAUGAGUUUGCUCUUAAAAUGUGGGAUGAGACGCACGAAGGAAUGGACAUUGGUGGAAUAUACGGUCGCGCGAGUAGUCCAAGGACGUGGGGCGUGCGGUGCGGAACAUUUAAUGUGGAAAGUGAGGAUGGUGAACCACCAUGUGAGUGGAAGAUGCGUGUGUCAUUGAAAGCUCACGGCCUUCAUGAAAUUGUGAGAUGGCAUGAUGCACAUAAUUGCAUGACUCCUGUGAAUGAUAAUGACAAUCGGUGUGUGGACGCGUCUUUGAUUGCUAGACUCAUUAGGAGAAAGGUUGAGGACAACGUAGAUUAUACGGUAGCCUCGGCACAGAAAGAUGUGAAGACCUUAUUGAAAGUAGAUGUGCCAUACAAAAGGGCGUGGCACGGGAGGAGGAAAGCCAUAGAAGCGGUCUAUGGUGAUUGGACCUCCAAUUUCGAAGAACUUCCACGGAUUGAAAUGGCGACGCCGGCAUUGGGCUCCCAAUAUGACUAUCAACCUAAACAUCUUCACCCGGGACCUAUACAAGAUAAAAUGCUAUAUCGUCAAACAAAGCAUAGGUCCCAAGCUGUCUAUGAGAACAGGAUACCGGACAUUAAGACAUUCCGCCUCAAGGGCCGUAGGUAUGGGCGUAUGAACGGAUCGAGAGGAUCGCCCCAAAGAAAAGGAGUAGAUUAUUUGCUUGAUGAGACCGCUCCAUUAGCUCAGCGUUUCGGUGGCAACCAUAUGCACAUGUCCUCCAUAGACUCCCUGAUUUCUGUACACAAGGCUAAGCCAUUUGGACGACUAGGUGUUGGAUGUUCUGUUGGGCGAUUAGGGAACCCCACGAGUCGGGCAGAGUCUAUUGAACAACAUUCGCGCGAGAGGUUUAGAGAAAAACGAGAAGAUGAUAAUCUCCUAGACGAAGAACUUGACAAGCAUUUGGACGAUAUCAUCAAUCAAACACAUGCUGCUUUAACCUUGGGCGCAAAUGAUGAGAUGGAGGUGGAUGAUACCCAAAUCCUGGUUGAUAAAGAUCCAUUUUUCCCCUCACAACCUCCGCCGGGUAAAAAAGCGAAACCCUGGUCAAGAGAUAAGAUUGGAGGAGGAAGAAAGAGAAAGGUCACAAUCCCCCCUCGGACAUCGCAACAACAAACUGAGGGUCAACAAAAUGAGGAUCAAGCACAUUCCUCUCGAGGCUCGCGCAUCCAGGUCGAGACUCAUUUUGAAGAAGCUGGUGGACCCGAGACUCAGUUUGACAUUGGUGGACCCGAGACUCAGUUUGACAUUGGUGGACUUGAGACUCAGUUUGGUGGACAGGCAAAUGGCCUGAUUUUCCCAACUUCACCUCAGCCACUCUGUUGGGAGGAAGGAUUUUGCACUAUCAUGGCUUUGACGUUUGCUCAGUACACUCUUUUCACAAGACCUUCUCUUCUUUCACUUCAUAGGAAUGGCUUGAAAAGCUUUGCUCUUUCCACCCCAUCAUUCUUUUCUGUUUCCUUUUCCACCUCCGCUCUCCCUAUUGACCAAAUCCAUCGCCGCAAGUGGAGGCAACCGGUGGCCUCAGUCCUUGAGCUCGGCGGUGUAAAAGUUUCCAGAGAAGAAAUAGUGCGGGAUGACCCUACUAACAAUGUUCCUGAUACAAUUUUCUCUAAGCUUGGAAUGCAGCUUCACAGGAGGGAUCAACAUCCAAUCGGCAUCCUCAAGAAUGCAAUCUAUGACUAUUUUGACACCAACUACCCCAAUAAAUUUGAAAAAUUUGAUAAUUUGUUCCCAGUAGUUUCUGUCAAGCAGAAUUUUGACGAUGUCUUGGUUCCUGCUGACCAUGUCAGUAGGAGUUACAACGAUACAUACUAUGUAGAUUCUCAAACAGUGUUGAGAUGCCACACUAGUGCUCACCAAGCUGAGCUCUUGAGGAAGGGACACAAUUACUUCCUGGUUACUGGAGAUGUGUAUCGCAGAGAUUCCAUUGAUUCAACCCACUACCCUGUUUUCCAUCAGAUGGAAGGUUUCCGUGUUUUUGCUCCAAAUGAUUGGGAAGGAUCUGGCGUAGAUGGUACAUCAUAUGCUGCUCUGGAUUUAAAGAACUGCCUUGAAGGAUUGGCGCGUCACUUAUUUGGUGCUGUUGAAAUGCGCUGGGUUGACACCUACUUUCCCUUCACGAAUCCAUCUUUUGAGCUGGAAAUAUACUUUCAGGAAAAAUGGAUGGAAGUUUUGGGAUGUGGUGUCACAGAGCAGGAAAUACUGAAGAAUUGUGGUAGAACAAACAAUGUUGCUUGGGCUUUUGGUCUUGGACUGGAGCGACUUGCAAUGGUGUUGUUUGAUAUUCCGGAUAUUCGGCUUUUCUGGUCUUCUGAUGAACGUUUCACUUCUCAAUUUUCCAAAGGGAAGCUUGGAAUGAAGUUUAAGCCGUUUUCUAAGUAUCCUCCUUGUUAUAAAGACAUGAGUUUUUGGAUCAACGAUUCAUUCACUGAAAACAACCUCUGUGAAGUUGUUAGAGGGGUUGCUGGUGAUCUUGCGGAAGAGGUAAAACUAAUAGAUAACUUCACGAACAAGAAAGGAAUGACCAGUCAUUGUUACCGGAUAACAUUUCGGUCGAUGGAGCGAUCACUCACAGAUGAGGAGAUAAAUGCUUUGCAGUUGAAAGUAAGAGAGCAGGUUGAGAGUAAGUUGAAUGUGGUUCUGAGAUAA